UCAAAAAAUCGUCUGCAUCUGGUCGGCUCUGUGCUUUGCUUGCUAGUGCUAAUUUGUCAUCUUAUUUUCAUUUUAAUCAGUGUUGAGUGUUAUAGAAGAAGCAAGAAGUAGGUUAUAGGUCGUUAGUAAUAUAUUUAAUAGACCAGAGAAAAUUAUUUGUUACUCGCUUUUACAUUGUGUUAAACUACGACGAAAAACUUUAACUACAUCUUUGCAACGUUGCAAGCUAACCUACUUGAUUCAGUUCGUAUUGUUUAGACAUUUUAUUUCUUUGUGCCUAAAAAAUGGAAAGCCUAGUAAUGAAAUCUGUUCUCGCUGUUGUCAUUUCUUGUUUGAUUGUUAAUUGUAAUGCUAACACCUGUGUUCAACCAGAGGUUACUGCAUCCCAGUACACUACCAAGGAUGCGACUGUUUUAACCAACAUUGCAUAUGUAGCUGAAUUUACUUUGAAGUGUGCCAAUGGAGCUAAGGGGAUCCCUCUCUAUGCAGAAGUUGCUGGGAAAACGUUGCCUGCAGCUAGGAUUGGAGAUAGCAACAAUUAUCAGGUUAGUUGGACGGAAGAUGUGAAGAAAGCAAAGAGCGGGGACUACAGUGUCAAUCUUUACGACGAAGAAGGAUAUGGUGCCUUAAGGAAAGCCUUGAGAAGCGGAGAAGACACUUCAGCCGUCAAACCCUUGGUAACAAUUGUCGUCAACUAUCCCGGCGCUUACCAAGGACCGUGGGUAAAUUCCGAGUUCAUGGCUGCUGUUCUUUCAGGUUUAGUUUGGUAUUUAGCUUUUUCAGCAAAAUCAAAUCUUCUCGCAUAAGUGGUCACAUUAGUGAAAUUUGAAACUGAGGCAUAUUGUCCUAAAGAGACAUUUUAAAGACUUAACUUAGCCUACUCAUGUUAUGUUCAUUCAAUCAUUUCUCAUUUCCCAUCAUUUUUAAUUGAAUUUAAUCUAAAUUAGGUUUAUGAUUGUUGAAGUUGGAUUUGUUCUUAUUUAUUUUUUAAUAUUUCUUAAUUAAUUAGCCUUACAUUAAUUAUUGUAAGCUCCAAGCCUUGAAUCGUAAAAGAUGUAAAUAAAAUGGGUUUUGUAA